UUUAUACUAUCACGUUAAGGAGAGCUUUCAACACAACUGUUCUACGUUCUACGUUGCGUAGCUGUCGCCUGAUCACUUAAUAAUGGUAGACAUAAUGCAGCGUGGCUCUACCAACAGAGAACUGCUGGAUAGACUGGAGGAUCAUGCAGAUUGGCUUGUACGAAAAAGUCGACGUUAUUUACCUCAUAUAGCUAGAUUCUGUCUCGUAUCUACAUUUAUUGAAGAUGGUUUUCGACUUUUAACUCAAUGGUCUGACCAAGUGGAUUAUAUCCAAUCUGUUUGGGGAACCCAUGUCAUAUUUGCAGCCUUUUUCAUUUUAUUGAACAUCUGCUUACAGUUUAUUGGAAGUGCUUUUGUCUUGGGUCGUUAUCGAGUGAAAAUUGGCGUUGGAAUUCUUAUGUCAACUGUAUUAUUACAAACUAUUGGUUAUAAUAUUUGGACAAAAGUAUUCUUUAUGCGUAAUCUAUCACUUAUUGGUAGUUUAUUAUUAUUAUUAGCUGAAGUACAACAAGAAACACGUAGUCUAUUAGCUGGUCUACCAUCAUCUGGUGAAAAUACACAUCGACAAUAUAUUCUACUUGGUGGUAGAAUACUUAUUAUUCUAAUGUUUGUCACAUUAAUUCAUUUAGGUAGUAGUAUAUUCUAUGUUAUACAAUCCAUUAGUAAUUUAAUCUUAAUUCUAUUGGUGGCAAUUGGUUAUAAAACAAAACUUUGUGCAACAGUAUUAGUUAUUUGGUUAACUGGUAUGAAUUUUUAUUAUAAUCGAUUUUGGGCUGUUAGUAAUGAUAGUUUAAUGUGGGAUUUUUUAAAAUAUGAUUUCUUUCAAACAUGGUCAGUUAUUGGUGGUUUAGGUUUAGUUGUUGCAUAUGGACCAGGUGGUGUUAGUGUAGAUGAUUAUAAAAAGAAAUGGUAAUAACAAUUGAUAAUAUAUAUGAACAUUACAUUCUAUGUUUGUUCUGAUCGUUGUGGAAUAGUAAUAGUCGUAGUAGUUCAUGUAUACAUGAAAUGAUGUAUAUCAUGAUUACUACCUGAUAAUAACAAUAAUAAUGUACUUGUUUGAUUAGUUCUUUUCUCUUUCAUCUUGUAAACUGUCCAUUUCAUUUAUGGGUCAUAUAUAUAUAUAUAUUGGUCAACAAAUGGAAUAAUGAUAGAAUGUAAUUAUUUUGUAACUCUCUUAUUUACUAUUUCUUAUUGUCUUUUGUUCAUUCAUUGUUUAUAUUCAAGGUUAUCUCUUUUCUUGUUUGUGUCAAUUAACUUUUCUUUUUAUACAUUGCACAAUCUUCCCUCACCCCUCCUGUGUGUGUGUGUGUGUGUGUGUGUACAGUCUCUAUGUGUAAUCAUGUGUAUGUGUGUGGGUGUGCGUGCAUGCAUGUGAACAAUCAAUUACCUUCAUUACAUGUUUAUUUUAUUCUCUUUUAUUUAUUUGUAAUUUCUUUUUUUUUUUUGGAAAAUAGAAAUCCUUCUUAUAUCCCUCUCUCUUUCUCUUACUUUUGUUUUCAUUUUAAUUAUUUUCGAAUAAUAUACAUGGUAUAUAUAUAUAUACAUAUAUGUUGUCAUUUAUUGUGACAUUUGUGCGCCCUCCCCCCCCUCUCGAUUAGUUGUUUAUUUUACAGUUUAUCUUGUUGUUUUUUUCUCGGUUUUCCCUUUUUCCCUUCAUUGUACCAAAUUUUUGAACUCAAUUCAUAUAAAAGUGAGAAAAUCAUUUCACGGUGUUUUGUUUUGUUUGUUUGUUUCUGAGAAAAAGAUUCAUUGACUCAUUUAAAUUAAGCAAUAGGGAUUUGUAGUAAUAGUAAUUCAAUUACUAAACUAUCGUUUACCUUUUAAUGUAUCAUGUUGAUUGGAGUAGAACUUUGUUAGAAGAAGAAAAAAAGGUGGGAAAAGCUUAAGAUAUGACAUCAGUCUAUGGAAUUAUCGUUAAGGUGAAAUUUGAAGGAAUCUUAAGUGACUUUGAGAAAAAUUAGCCAUUCAGCAAACAGUCAGUAUAGAGUUGAAAUAUAUAUUAUACGAAACCAAGGAAAUAAAGUGGACAAACUUCUUAUAUGUGGUUCAAAAACUUGUCAAGGUUAGAAAGAGAUCCACAGGUUCUAAAAUCGUAAUGCAUGCAGUAGAGGAAAUCAUCCAUAUGGCUGCAGAAUAGUUGGCCUCAUGGAGCCAUGAUAAAGUCUCAAAAACUCAUUCAGCCUCGACCACAUAGCUUCAUUAUUGUUUGUGCGCACUUCAGUUGUUGGAUCCACAAAAUGGUGCUUAAGAAUAGCGAUAUGAUGCACAUAACCAAGCCUAUGUAGGAGUCUGUACACUCUCCAAUCAUCCGUAUAUAUUGUAGUACCUGGCUGCAGCCAAUGUUACUGGUGCUUUUAUUAUCCAGUUCGCAAUAAUUGUCAUUAUGGUUUUCAUCACAAAGUAACAUCAGCUAUAAUACCAAAACUUUAUUUAGUCAAAUGGAUGAUUGACUUUCGCGCCAAAAUCCGAGAUCUGUUAUCUAACACGUGGUUAGUUUGUCCAUAAAUUACAGUCUCGCCGUUUUAUUUGUUAUAGGCGCCUAAUUAUCACAUUUUCCAUAAAAUCCCCUGUGAACCGGUCGUACGUUAACAUAAGGUACUGAAAUUGGCGCUGGGAACCCUCAAAUGCUUCUAAUUGGCUUGUCCAUACAUUAUAGUCUCACUGUCGUUGAUUUUAAUCACAUUGGUAGAUGUACACAUGCCAUUAUAUCUGUCGUGAUUCUCAUAACUCAUAUCAGUGUAGCGGGAAAAGAAAUUAAUAAAACAAGAAUCGCUUGAGAAGACUUCAUUGAAAAUUUAAACAUGAAAGGGAUACAGUUCGAAAGAAAGAUGCUAUUGCAAUCGAUUUUACAUCAUGUCACCCAAUAUCUACAAGAAUGAACUAAAUAUUUCAUUGAUUCGAACCAAAAAGUCUGUACUAAUCGAUAUUUCUUAAUCUCUUCGUCCUUAGCUAUUUUCUAAUGUAUUCCUAUGUGAGCCGGAAUAGGGUGUUAUUGAUAUGCAUUAGUUAAGAAUACAUGACAAAUGUAACAAUCGCCUUUGAUGAUGAAUGUAUGUAUGGAAUGGAGUUGAAAUCUGUAACCAGUGUUCAAAAGUCGAGUUUUUCACCGUUAAUCGAUCACAACAGUCAUUGAAACCAUAAAAUCCGGAUUUUAGUAAGCUGAGUCCUAAUAACAUAUUAACUAUAUUGGAUUUAAAUGCUAGAAUAUUUGAUUGUACAGCAAAACUUCAGUGUCACUAUCACAUAGUGUUCAUUAGUCAUCAAUAUUGUAUAACUCAACCUGAUAAACUGAGUGCAUAGACAACUUCAUGCUCAUACAAAGUUACCCGGUAGCAUAGUUUCAUUCGGGAAUAUUCAUAAGCGCUUACUAGUUGAAAAAGUCGUCGACUAGCAAUGUUUAAAACAUGCUUUGACUGAAUAUAUUAAGCUAACUAUUCAGGAGUGUUGCAAAAUCGACAACCAAUGUUCAUUAUAAGGAAAUUGUAAGACCUAAGUAAAUCGUAUUAUUUACGCAGUUAAACUAUGAGAAUUGGACAAGAAAUCAAAUGUUGCAAUCUUCAUUUAUUUAAACGCAUAAAUACUGGCACAAAGGGACACCAAAUACAUAUGCACCACAUAAAUCGUUCGAUUUGUGUGAAAGCUGCGAUAUUGUCUGGGUGACCAAACCGAAGCAGGUAUUUUUCUUAGGGGGCCACACCCAGAGCCUCUGACCUAAGGAUCUAAUCCACAAGACAAUGGAGCAACGUUAGGAGAUGCAGUACCGUGGUAGCCGGUCACCAAUAAUAGAUUCAUACGCUAUUUGUCCCCUCAGAAUCCUGGAACAUGUAGUAAGCCCAUUUCACUACUGUAUUAUUUAUCUGCUCACUGUAAUUUAGACACUUGAUCCACCAUGUAAUUUUUUGUGUGAGUCUGAUUGAGCACAUGUCAGUUUCCAAUCUAUCCUCCCAUUGGUUGUAAUACACAGACAAUCAAUAAUUUAUCCAUACUUGAUUAACACUCAUAAAUAUGUAUGGAUUCUUAACACACACACACACACUUGGUUUCACUGUGUGCUUUCUUCGUGUACGCCUGCGGAUUUUACCAAUCUUUAACAAUAAACUAUCUCUAUAACAGGUGUUCAGGCUUUUGAAUAAAUUUCGAUGAUGCAAUGAGAAGACAUCCUGAUUAGUAGGAGAGAUGAUGGUUCCAUCCAAUGCGCUAUAUACAGAAAACCAACAUGGACAGGGCAAUAUCUUAAUUUUCAUAGUCACUGCCCUAUUCAUUACAAACGCGGUUUAAUAAAGAGCUUGUUCAAUAGAAUCAAUCGUAUUUGUACUAGUGAUACUAAUGAAUUAGAGAUGAAGCUCUUGACUGAUACGUUAAUGAAUAAUGGUUAUUCUUUGAAGUUCAUAAAUCGCUGGAAGGGUUGCAAUACCUAUGAAGCUUCUGGCACCUAAAAAGCGAGUUUAUAUUACGUUACCAUUCAGAGGCGACACAAAUAGUCUCAAGUUGAAACGGAGAUAUAAAUUAGCUAUCAACCGGACAUUUUAUGCAGCCCAAUUUGUCAUUAUCGAAAAGAUAAGGUCUAUGUUUCACCAAACAACACGAAAGCGAUUGCGUCUAUCAAUUUACGUGUAUGUGUGGGAACACAUACAUAGGGAAGAGCAAUCGUGAUUUGCAAUUAUGGGUGGGUGAACACAUACCAAAAUGGUUGCAGAAACAAAUGGAUAUCAAUAGUUAAAUAAGAUCACAGGAUAGACAGACAUCAUCCUCCAUUGUGAAACAUUUGAUUGAGACGGGUCAUAAGGUUGACAUUAAAUCAGCAUUUGUAGUGUUAUACAAAAGCUUUCAAGGACGUAUACUAAGGUUUAUUGAAGCCUUGGCUAUACGGAAAUUGAAACCUCCUUUAUGUGUUCAAAAACAGUUUGUCCUUACCCUUAACCUAUCCAAGUAGCACAGAUUUAUCACCGAGAAUGGUUAUCACAUUGUUUUUAUGUACUUUAUUAUCAUUUUGUCUUUGUCACGGCUUACCUUUAACCUGUCUAGUUGACCUUAUAAUUCUCAUAUAUAAGUGUUUUUAACAAGUAUGUAAUGUGUGAUCAGAUUGUUCGAAAUGUAUUGAGCAAAUCUAUCAUCACAUAAUUCUGAUAAACUUUGUCUUCUCAUUGCAUGAUCGAAAUUUAUCAAACGGGACUAAUUGUUUUAAAUUUUGA